AUGACUCCUGAGAUAUUUGGUCAAACCUACCAAAGGACACCACACCACAGUACUAUAGCACAACAAUACAUGGCCGCCUUUGAGUACAAAAAGGGCAUUCAAAGACCCUAUUUUUUUACCAAGCCAUUGGUGAAACCUAUAACGCUAAGCGGCUUUGAAAAAAUACAAUUGGCUUUGUUUCUUGCGUUCACAGUGGCCGUGAGAUUCUUCAAUAUUCAAUACCCCAACCAAAUUGUAUUUGAUGAGGUCCAUUUUGGAAAAUAUGCCCGAAACUACAUCAAUAGCUCAUACUUCAUGGAUGUGCACCCUCCUUUAGUCAAGAUGCUUUACGCCGCCAUAGGCUAUUUAGGUGGUUACAGAGGAGAUUUUGUUUUCAACAAGAUUGGGGAUAACUACAUUGGUAAAGAGGGUGAAAAAUUGGUACCCUACGUUUUGAUGCGAUCGUUUCCCGCAAUUUGUGGAGUCUUGAUUGUUAUUCUUUCUUACUUUAUCCUUAGAUACAGCGGAUGCCGACAUUUUAUUGCACUUUUUGGAGCUUUACUGGUUUGUAUUGAAAACUCAUUGGUAGCUCAAUCAAGAUUUAUUCUACUAGAUUCUCCAUUGCUUUUAUUCAUUGUUCUCACAGUAUACAGUUUUGUGAGAUUCAGCAAUGAACCAGAACCUUUUGGCAAAGGCUGGAUAAGAUAUCUAUUUUUCACUGGUGUGUCCUUGGGACUCAGUGUCAGUAGUAAAUGGGUUGGAAUAUUCACAAUUGGUUGGUUAGGAGUCAUGACUGUAAACCAAUUGUGGUGGUUAAUUGGAGACUUAAGCGUUCCCGAUCGUGAUGUGGUAAAGCAUGUCUUGUACAGAGCGUAUUUUCUUAUUAUCCUACCAGUGAUCAUUUACCUUGGGGUGUUUGCAAUCCAUUUUUUGGUUCUCCAUGAAGCUAGUGGCGGUUCAGGUACAGUGAGUCCUAGAUUCAAAGCCAGUUUGGACGGAACUGAUUUUUCCAAUCUUUAUGCUAACGUGUCUUUUGGAUCCACCGUUUCGAUAAGACACCUUGGUACAGGAGAGUUUCUACACUCCCACAACCACACAUAUCCUAAAUCGCACAACCAACAGGUAACCCUAUACGGAUACAAAGACUCCAAUAAUCUUUUCACUAUUGAAAAGAAAGAUAAGCUAUCUGACAAGGAACUAUUCGGCGAGGUAUCCUUCCUCCGACACAGAGAUGUUAUAAGAUUAUUUCACAAGAAAACCCAAGGAUAUUUGCACGUCUCUGAUUCUAGACCUCCAAUUAGUGAGCAAGAGUACAACAAUGAGGUCAGUAUUAUAGGAGACAAAGACUAUGUCCCCGAUGUCAAUGAAAACUUUGAGGUGAAGAUUAUCAAAGAGUACAGUGAUGAAGAUGCAAAGCAUGAGGUUAAAUCCAUCGGAACUGUGUUUCAAUUAUUCCAUAAGGGUACCAAAUGUACUCUGUUUGGUCAUCGUGUGAAGCUGCCAAAAGACUGGGGAUUUGGUCAAUUGGAGGUCACUUGUAUCGAGUCGCCAGUCCUUAAAAAUUCUCUGUGGUACAUUGAAGAGAAUACACACCCACUUUUCAACCAAACAUAUCCUGCAAAAGUGAAAGUCGAACCCUUAGGAUUUUUUGGCAAGUUUCUUGAGCUGCACCAAAAAAUGUGGAAAACAAAUGCAGGCUUGACUGCCUCUCACAAGUAUAGCUCUAGACCCGAAGAUUGGCCCGUUCUUGACAGAGGUGUGAACUAUUUCAACCGAUCAGGAAGGACGAUCUACUUGUUAGGUAACUUGCCAAUCUAUUGGGGAAUUGUAUUUACUAUCGGAGUAUUCGUUGUUUUCAAGCUUGUUCAGCUCUGGAAAUGGAAGCCAAACCAUGCUCCAACAGUAACCGAUGCUUCAGCUAAAUAUGAUUCCCAAUUUUUCAUCUACUUUGUCGGUUGGCUAUUCCAUUUCGCUCCAUCUUUUUUGAUGGAGCGACAGCUAUUUCUGCACCACUACAUACCAUCUCUAUGGUUUGGUAUCAUAUCAAUCGCUGUGCUCAGUGAAUAUGUUUGGGCUAAACUGGGAAAAAUCGUAGGAUUCUUCUACGUUAUGACAAUAUUAGGGCUUUCGGGUUUCUUCUUCUACUGGUAUGCCCCAAUCGUUUAUGGGUUAGAGUGGAACAAAGACACCUGUCUGGGUUCGAGACUAUUACCAAACUGGGACAUCCCUUGCGAUCAAUUUCAGUAG